GAAGACCCCUAAGGCAAGCAUGGGCAGGAGCGAGAGCGCCUCAGGUGUGGGAACAUAGGGCUGCCGCAUCAGGCGGGCCAAUCUCUCGCUCUCCACACCCCAGAUUCUCUCCCUCGGUUUGUUUGUUUGCUGGUUCCUCCCUGUCUUGGGCAGGUGUGUCUGACUGGGGGUACGGGUACAGGUUCGUACUCUCCCAGACCGCUGAGCUGUUUGUUCCUGCCAUGGGCCUGUCCCGCGCCUUCCUUGGCGUCCUGUUCCUCUCCGGGACACUGGGUCUCACCACUUCCCCAAGCAGAGGAAGGCUCCGCUGUUACACCUGCAACUUUGCCAAGCCCUGCUACCCUGUUCCCACGGAGUGUCAAGAGGGCGAGGUGUGUGGCGUCAGUGUUGGCACCUCAGAGCAAAAGGAGGAUGUCAUCGAGAGGAAAGGCUGCCUCCCAAGAGCCCAGUGCCCUCUGCUGGGCCAUGCGACCUACUGGUCACGGUCCUAUGCUCUCCGGCACCAGUGCUGUGAGCAGGAUCUAUGCAAUGCUGCUGGCUCACAGCGGCCCCCCAGCCUUCCCCUCAUAAUGACUCUGCUACCCCUUUCGGCCAUCUUCGGCUGGGGAGCACACAUCUUCCUUUAGCCCGUGCGUCCACAACUGUCAACCCAGGACUCCAAUGUCACGGUGGAUGUGAGAGCACCUGCACAGAUGCUGUUGAGACACGCUCAGGGGCGUGACUUUGUAUAAAAACCUCAGCCACUGAACCCAGCCCCUCUACAGACCCGGUUCCUACAGCCGGAGUUCUGCCUUCCGCAUGCAUCCGUCCACAACCUCACUUCAUAAGAGACCCCUGCUGUCUUUAGACCUAGAUGUCCCAGGUCAGCUACCCUGAAUGAGCUGUGGGGUCCCGGGCAAAGGGACAGAAGUGUCACUGGGGCUGGUGAGAAAUAGAGUACUGCCAGGGGACAUAUAACUUGGUACCCGAGGGUCUCAAGAACAGAGGGCUACCUUGGGGAACCAUAAAGAGUGUAUUUAAUAAAAGGGCUAUUGGGUAGA